AUAAUAUUUUGUCCGUGAUAGAAGAAACCGGGAAUAAUUUUUUUUCAAUAUGGCUGAUCUCGAAGUUUUGUAUACAAUGGCCAAUCAAGAAGAAACUGAUGUAGAAGAGAGGAAAGAGUUAAUGGAUCUUAGAGAUCAAGGACUAAACAGCAUACAGCUUAAGGACGAAGAUAAACCAGACAUUCUGAUUUUGGAUAAUAAUAACUUGUCAAAAUUAGAUGGGUUGGACAAGUGUACAUUUUUAACACAGUUUUCUGCUUGCAAUAACCAUAUUGUGCGUAUGGGUGGUCUACAAACACUCACUGCCCUUACAGUGUUGAGUCUUUCAAACAACAGUAUUGUGGCCAUUGAAGGUCUAGAGGAGCUAUUUCAGCUUAAGUGGCUUGAUCUGUCAUCGAACUCAAUCAAAGUCAUUGAACAUUUACCAAGAGGUAAAUAUCUACAUUACUUGGAUCUGUCAGACAAUGCAAUUACACAGUUCUCUGAUAUCUCCAAUUUAGAAAAUUUGAAGACACUUCUUUUGCAUAGUAAUAACAUUUCCUCACUGAAGCCAGCAGGUACUUGCUUACCAACAAACUUGGAAAUUUUAUCACUAGCUGAUAACAGUGUUUAUAAUUUAAAUGAGAUCUGUCACCUGGCCAUGCUAUCUAACCUGAAACAAUUGUCACUUGCAAAUAAUCCUUGUGUUUUGAGCAAUGAAGAUAAGCAAGUAUUUGACUAUCGACCAUUUGUAUUAACUUGGUGCACUUCUCUGGAACUCAUUGAUGGCUCAAAAGUAACUGAAAAAGAAAGGUUUCAAGCAGAGACUUUGUAUUCUCAGGGCAAAGUUUGUCAGUUUCAUCAUGACGAACAUCAGAAACUAGUGGAGUAUUUAACUGAAAUGUUUCCGUUAACGGUGCUGCAACUACGAACAGAAGACAGCUCCAAACUUAGCCAAUUAUUAAAACAACGCAAGUUCCAGCACUUCCAGAAUAGUCUGUCCUCCAGCCCUCGAUCUCUGACAUCUUGGUAUCCCCAAGACACAAGCCUCACAGAAGACAACACUGACACAUCCCAGUUGUCUUUAGAUUCAGUGUCAGAUAUACCUGGGGAACGACAUGCCUGGGCAGAAUCUAUUGAUAUAAGAAAACAUGGUGACCGACAAGUAGCACCAUCUAAUGAUAUCAGGAUACAGGAUGUAGUGAGUGAAAUAGAUUGUGAGACAAGGAGCAGUGUCAGCUUAUUAGAAUCAGAAUCUGUCUAUCUCCCAUUCGAUGUCCCUUCUAGUCCUAUUGCAAUAAGAAGACCUUUCACUGCAUCAGACAGAUCAGAGACAUUGAAAAAAGAGGGGAAUAUAAACAAAGCCUCUCCUCUCAGACCACACACAGCUGCAGAUUCAAGGCUCCCAGGAUUUACAAAAUACGACAAUCUUGACCAAAGACCAGUCCGGCCUUUAAACCAGUUGAUGAAAGGCUACAUAAAACCCAGCUUUGAAAUGGCCAGACCUCAGACAUCUUCCUCUGAGCCCUCUGUCAGUAGUCAUAAAGACAGCUUGCUGCCAACUGCUAGAAGUCAGGAUUAUGAAUCUAGCAGUGAGCAGACAGUGAGUGAGUCUGAAAGUCACAGCCUAAAUGCAUUUGGUGAUGGGGAUCAGACAAAGCUUACUGGUCAUCAAACCACUGGUCAUCAACCCCAGUUUGUUGGGUAUCAGUCACAACAUGUGGGGCAACAACCACAGUCAGAUGUUCAGUCUACAGACCAAGUCAAAGCAGGUUAUGCACCACAGGACAAGCUGAAUUAUAUUAAGACAAUAGCCUUGAACAAGAAAGCAGUUAAUCAAAAUGGUCAUAAACUAAAGGAGAAAUUAUCUCCAUCCUAUUAUAAAAGAAUCAAACCAUCAGACAGACCACACCAACAAAGUAGAGGUGAAGGAGAUGUCAAAGCGACAAGAUUAGGCUCUCCAGACCGAUUAGAAAAAGAGACCAAAGAGAUGAAGGGGAAGAUCAACAAAGAAAAGAGAGCCUCCCAUCAAAAAGCUUCAAAUUCUUCAAAUAAUUUUCAGCCAUCGGAUCCUCAAUUAGGUCACAAAGCUGCCACAAUCAUUCAGUCAUUCUGGAGAGGUUAUUGGACCAGGGAGCACAACAAUCAUGUCAUAUCUGUACGUAAAGAGAUUAGAGCCAGGCGAGCAGAAGAUCACAUCAUCUUAUUGAGAAAAGACUUGGAGAGAAAUCGACAGCUUUAUGAAAAAGAGAAACGAAUGAGAGUGUUACAGAUGGAGGCAAUUAGAAUCUUAUAUAAUGAGGUACAGGUUUUAAAGUCUCAGAGUCUAUCAUCUAGUAAAGACCUCAACAAUUCCUCUACCAACUACAGCCCUCUAACUACUGCUCUGCCAUCUCCAGUUAUGAUUGGCAAUAAUGAUAACAACAGAGCUUCUGAGCUGGAGAGGACAUGUUUGAGUCUUCAGAGCCAGGUAUCACAGCUUCAAGAAACUCUGGCUUCAGUUUCUUCAGCAGUGUUCAAAAGCAAUAGUUUAGAGAUUCCAAGUUUGGAUCUAUCAGAUAACUCAGAUGAAAUACAAAUUACUCCACUCAAAGAUGACAUGAAUCUGCUUGGGAAACAUUCACAGGAUGAAAGUAAAUAUUGGAGUUUAAUUCCUAAUUCUUUGUCUCCUUACCCAUCAGAAGAGGAAGAGUCCUAUUUUCAGCAGGUGUCAGUGCCAGGUGCACCCACUCCUCCCCGAUGUCUUAAGCUUCAGCACCACAGCAAUAGUUCACUAAUGUUGUCAUGGAAACCAUCAUCACGAGGCAGAGAUGCUGUGGAGUUUGAGGGAAAUAAACAUAUUAUUGGGUACAGAAUCUAUGUCAAUGAUAAACUUAAGGCAUUUAUUUGUAACAGUACUUCAGUGCUUGUGGAGGGGUUAAAUUCUUCUAUGACAUACAAAUUUUAUGUCAAGGCAUUAUCUGGUUUUGGAGAAUCUCUCGAGUCCAAUAUUCUUAUGAGUAAGUUAGCUCAAAGCUCAGAGAGAAUAGUGUGUACACCAAACAGUGACAGCUCGCAAGACAGUGACUCUGAGGAAGUCAGCAAACGCAGGCAAAGACAAAGACGGCAUAGAAAAUCUCCUAGACCAGACUCCAUAAAAAUAUACUCUAAAUCCAGCCAUAAACAUUCCAAUCAGGACAGCCAUUUGAGCCAGUCAGAUGAACUGCCACAGAAUAUAAGUGACCAGGGUAAUUUGUCAAAAAUACUGACUCACCCCAAACUUCAUAAACACAGAAGUCAGAAUAAAUGUCAGCUGAACCAAAAUAUCCAAUAUGAUUUGAGUCAUAUGUCAGAUUUGGAUAAGCAGGAAGAUAAAAAGCUAAACAUCUCACCAACUAAUAGAGACAUAACCAAACAAACAUCAACAAUGAGCAUAUCUGCAACUGGGGACAGAUCUGUUACCAGUGAGCUUGGUGAGAGUCCUUCAUCACCAAAUGUAAGGUUGUCUCCCCAAAGAAGAGAGUCACCCCCUAGUGGAUUAUUGAAACCUGAACAUCAGAUUUUAAAGAAAAAUGAUGCAUUAAAAUCUUCCCCUGCAACUGGUUCCAAUGAGGCCACCAUGUCCGAAGAUGCUUCAUCUAAAAUGCAUUCUAUUAGUAUGUCCUCAACGUUCACCAUUGAGAAGGGCAAUUCUUUCAUUGAAAGCAUAAAUUCUAUUGUUGAACAAAAUCUUGGCAGCUUAACAUUUGGAAGCCCAAGCAGUGGGCAUAAAGGACAUCGAAGGACAAGGAGCCGGGAUCUGGAUAAAGCUUAUCAAGAGGGCAGUGGAGCCCAUACUGAAUCUGAUCGUGAACCUUCAAGCCUGGAUGAAAGUGUCAAAAAUUUGAUGAAGCUAAAGAAGAAGCAAAGAUCUGAAGGAAGACUUGAAGUAGAUGGUGGUUCAGAUUCUUCAGGCAGGAGCCAUGGACACAGACGACAGCGCAGCAGGGACUUAAAUACUUCACCUAAAAUAAUCCCUGACAUUCAAGAAGAAAAAGACAAAAAAGAACUAAAACUAGAUGAUAGAUUAGAGAAUGAUGGAAGUUCUCAUGUUCAUAGUGACGGUUUUUCUUCUGUAAAUAGGCCAGUUAUUGAUGGUCGUCAUCGGCAUUCGUCUGGAAGUCGUCCAAGCAGUCCUGUGGUCAGUAUCGCUUCUAGUGAAGAUAGACCAAGGAUAUCUGUUGCUGAACAGCUUAUGGAGAGGAGUAAGCUCAGCAAAUUAAAAGAAAGCAGUCGUACCUCAGAUCAAAUGUCCAAGUUUGAGUCAAGUCGAAGAUCUUCUAGUAAUGAGUCAAUAUCAAGUGCUCUUGGUGAGUCAUCUAAGAGGUCCCCUAGUGCUGACUCAUUGCCUGAAAGCAACAGGGAAGAAGUAGAUGCCAAUGCAGAGAGCAAACGUGCAGGACAAAGUCGCAAAGCUCAGUCUGUAAGUCAAAAUUUAUUGUCUAGAGAUGUAUUGUUACCCAGCAUGGAAGCUCUUAAAAAGGAAAUGCACAGUCAGAAAAGAUCUGAGGACAAGGACAGCGAUACAAGUUCUAAACCUCCAUCUGAUGAUGAAAGAAGGUCUAGUCGGUCACGUAACUUAAGUGAAAGUGAUGCUGAAAGUUUAUCACAGCUACCACCCAAAGCACCAAGUGAAAGUUCAAGUGGAAGUCACUCUGAUGACAGCAGACAAUCAACAAAGAAAAGUAAACACCAAAGAAGUCCUUCAGAUCACUGGCAGCCACCAACAGAGUUUAGUCAGCUCACCCACAGCCCCAUUAUCAUGGAAGGUGGAGUCCUUAAAAAGUCUGCUACAAGUGUGAGAAGAAAUCAGUCAUUUCAUGGACUUCUACCAUCCAAACACCAAGAUGCCAAAUCUUCAGCAACUACUGAGGAAACCUCUCCCAAAGGUGAAGAUCAAUCAAAUUGUGUGACACCAAAUAGACCACCUGGAUGCGCCAGUGCGGUCUCGAGGCCAUUUGAGAAGUCGAACACCAAGUCCAGUUGGUAGUAGAACACCAAUCUUAUCUGCAGCUCAAUUGAAACGUUACUCUGAUGGUGGAAAGCAGUUGUCCAUGUUGUCGGGGAAAGAGCAGUAGAAGUGCAAUCAGUAUUUAGCUAACGCUACAAUAUGUGUGGAAUACUUUUCUGUUCAACUAUUCUAUUUUGGAUUCAUAACUAUUCAAUUUACAACUUGAUUGAUUAUAGCCUUUAUUUAGAAAACAUUGACAACACAUAAUUAAGCCAUGUAGCAUUACUAUGAAUGAUGACCAGUACAAAUAUGGAUGGCUUGCAUACUCUUCACAUUAUUGCUAGAUAUUGAAAUAAUCCCAGUUAACAUUUGUCUCAUGUUGCCUUGAAAGUUGUGGGACAAUAGAAUAUGCUCAUCUUCUUUCUAGAAAGUCUGUUAACUUGUAAGACUCAUUUUUUAUAUCAAAAUAGUCAAAUUGUGAUAGCUUAUGAAUCAUUUUUAAAAAAUCAUUAACAGGAAAAAAACAAUUUAUUUCCCAUUAUACCUAUAUUAAGUUUGAAGGUUCAUUUGUAAAGAUAGCACUGCCACAAAGAUUUUGUAUAUUUGAUUAAUUAAUUAAUUUGUGUCAUCUCAAGAUUUAUGUUAAUAAGCUUUAUAUCUGCACUUUGUGUGUUCUGUAUCAGUGUUUGGUAUCAUUUUGAUAGGUCACUUCUUUUCAUUAUAAUUCACAUUUUGUACAUUUUUGUUGCGUACUGAAUAAUUUGGUUAAGUGUCAACACCCUUUGUUAUGUCUUAUAAUUCUUUCAGUUUAAAUUUCAUCAUGUACAGAGACAAAACAAAAAAGUUUUGUACAUAUCUUAUUGUGAAUAUGAUAGAAUCUGUGUAACUAAGGAUGGCAUUUCAUUUUUUUUUCUUUUGAAAAAAUAUUUUGUUAAAAACUAUAGUUUUAUGUUCAUUUUUUUAAAUUUUCAUUUCAUUAUUGCUUAUUUAUUGUUCAACACUUUCUUUGUUAUUUUUUGUUUGAAUUUAAUUAUCUAGUGGAGUAUCUUGUGACAAAUUAUGUCAUCUCUGCUUUAGUCUGAAUAUAUUUCUCUAAAUGUUUUAUGUAAUAAUUUUCUAUGAACUGGACAGUCUCUCAGCUGUCUACUUUAUAUUCAGUUUUAGACAUUGUCACUAAGAAGUGACAGACAUUUAAAACACACAGUCACUAAUAACCUUAAAAUUUUUAACUUAAAAAAUCAUAACACUUUUGCAGAAAAAAAUUUGAGUUUAUAUAUACGUUAGGUGAUUUUUUAGAUAACAUGAAUAAAUAGUCUAAUUAUCACUAUUUUUGUAAAAAAAAAAUAUUUUUUUUUAAAUGCCUUUAAAAAUUCUGAAAUGGUAAUAGAUUUAUUCAAUGAACCUGCCAGACUUUGUUUAUACUUGAACUCAUCAUGUUAUUGCUUCUACAAAAUAUUAAAAUUCAAUUAUCUAUAAUG